CCCCCUCAGCCCCCCAUGGCAGUCUUCUGCAUUCUGCUAGCCCCAGUCUUCCAGCCGACCCCCUCACCACCUCUUGUCUGUCAGUAAUUUCUUCUCCAGUUACCAGAAUCUGCUCCCCGACUUGCCGGCAGGUUUGGGGAGUUCUCGUCUGUUCCUUCCUACUGCCCAGACACCUUUUCCCCUCUUCCCAUCCUGCCCGCUUCUAACUCUCACAUCCUUUUUUCUCUCUUCCUCUAGCCACCCUGACGUGUCCCUUUCCAAGUCUCUAGGGACAGUGGAGGAUUUGGGGACCAGCGAGCACCCCCAGGCCACAAGAAGAGCCUCUGCCACUUGCCCUGCCUCACCCUGCCUCACACCAGGCCCAGCCGCCCCGGCCCCCGGCUGCAUCAAGUGGAGGAGGAGGAGGCGGAGGAGGGUGGCACCAUGGGCCCGGGCCGUGCCCUCCAUGCCCGGGGGAUGAAGACGCUGCUGCCAUGGACAGCCCGUGCCAGCCGCAGCCCCUGAGUCGGGCUCAGCCUCAGUUGCCGGGUUCUGUGUCAGAGCCUUUGGAGACUAACCGGGCCGGGAUGGGGGUGGAGACCUACCUGCCCUGUGCCCUGCUCCCCUCCUACCACCGCCCUGGAGUACCCGGUGAGGCCUCGGCUGGCAGUGGGACCCCCAGAGCCACAGUCACUUCUGCCACAGCCAGCCCCCUUCGGGAAGGCUUCGGUGGGCAGGAUGGUGGUGAGCUGUGGCCACUGCAGAGUGAGGGCGCCGCGGCACUGGUCACCAAGGGGUGUCAGCGACUGGCAGCUCAGGGCGCCCGGCCCGAGGCCCCCAAACGGAAAUGGGCAGAGGAUGGGGGGGAUGCCCCUGCACCCAGCAAGCGGCCCUGGGCCAGGCAGGAGAAGCCGGAGGCAGAGGCAGGGAGGGAGGGCGGCGUGGGCUGCAGCAGCGGCAGAGGCGAGGCCAGCGGCGGGCCGAGGGAGGAGAUGCCGCCCUCCGCCCCCGAGCGCCUGGCCCUGGACUAUAUCGUGCCCUGCAUGCGGUACUACGGCAUCUGCGUCAAGGACACCUUCCUGGGGGCCGCCCUGGGCGGCCGCGUGCUGGCCGAGGUGGAGGCCCUGAAGCGGGACGGGCGGCUGCGGGACGGGCAGCUGGUGAGCCAGAGGGCCAUCCCGCCGCGCAGCAUCCGCGGGGACCAGAUCGCCUGGGUGGAAGGCCACGAGCCAGGCUGCCGGAGCAUCGGUGCCCUCAUGGCCCACGUGGACGCCGUGAUCCGGCACUGCGCUGGCCGGCUGGGCGCCUACGUCAUCAACGGGCGCACCAAGGGGCCUCCGAAAGGACCUGGGCGGAGGUGCAAACACCUGGACACUGGCCAUGGUGGGGCGUCUGGCCCCGAUGUCUCCACGGGCGCUGUACCGAGAGCAGCCAUGGUGGCUUGUUACCCAGGCAGCGGGCUGGGCUACGUGCGGCACGUUGACAAUCCCCAUGGCGAUGGGCGCUGCAUCACCUGUAUCUAUUACCUGAACCAGAACUGGGACGUCAAGCGGCAGGACAGAAGGGUGUCCAAGUGCCCGUUUCGCAGCCGACCACGCCCACUUAGAGCCCGCCCAGAGCCGCGUGGACAGACCGCUUGCCCUGCGGGAGCGCCGGGGCCGUGCCACGAGCCAGCCGCCCACCUCGGUGCCUGCGCCCUGCCCGCUGCCACUGCUGCUUCCGACUUUGCCUCUGUCCUGCCUGGUGUGGGGGCUUGUCCGCCAUUGAGGGCCAGGGAGGAACAGAGACCUCUGCUGCCCUGUGGUAGGGAUGGGGGUGACCUGGGUAGGAGCCGUUGGGGGCUGUCACUCCUGGGGCCGGGGCUUUCAUGCCGCCCUGUCCUGUCAGGUUGUGCCCCUGUCAGGUGUGAGCGGGAAGGCAGCGGUGCCACCUCCUACCAGGAUGCAGGAUUUGGGGUUAGGGAGUCAUGGCCUCUUGCUGGCAGAGGUUUGUGGGGGGACUCUUCCCCCCUCCUCCAGCCUGGAAUGUGAAGUGACUCCCCAAACCCUUUGGCCAAGGCACCUUUUGGACUGGGCUGCCGCGCUUGGGCGGAUAAAAGGUGCUGGGAGGAGCAUGGGUGUGGGAAUCCUGUCAGCCGAGAAAGAAAUAAAAGUACCUCAGAGCUACA